AAUGGAUUUCGCGCGAAAACUCCCGAGCCCUUGUUUAGAUCAGCUGGACCCCCAAUAACAAUAACACCCUACCGGAGGUUCGUUUUAUCGCCGUGUUUUGACGUGUGACGGCCGGGUCGAGUGGAGAACCCACCGGGGUCCGAAUUACGGACGGUACUUCUUUAAUUCGUGCAGGUUUAGCAGAGUAUCGGAGAGUUGUCCGGCGGCUUCCUGGGAGGGGACGGUGGAACGCGGACCGAGUUAGCAUGCUAACCUGGCCUCCGUUGUCUAAUGAAGGUUUAACCCGGCCGUGGUGCGGCUCCCGUCCUCCUGUCUUACUCCCCCGGAGGGAUUCCCUCCACGCGGUAGUUCUGAGGACAUCGGAUCGUGUUUGGAACGGCGAUAUUGUAAGGCCUAUUUCUGAAAGUUUUGACGGGAUCCCUUCAAACGGACGUGGAGCUCGGUCACACCCAGGGGUAGAGCCCAUCAGACGGAUGCACCUCGAUGUGAUCUAACCCUCCACUGCCUUCCUGGUGGUGUUUGUUGCUGGUUAGCCUAGCCUAGCUAUCGAGCUAGCGUGCUGGGAGAGUCCUGGGCAGGCCUCGCCGCGUUUCAGGAGGGACCCAGAGAGAGAGAGAGAGAGAGAGAGAGAGAGAGAUGAAGACGAGAGCUGAGUUAGCCUCGCGUCCCUGCUAACAUGCUACCGUCCUGCUGAGCCGCGGGGUGAGCUAGUGGUGUGUCUGACGCGGGCUCGGGGCUGAGCGCUGGGUCUGUAGCCCUAAAGUUGUUGUGAUAUGUGGGGGAUUUGCCAGUGCAGUUUGUGCAUAGUGAGUGGAUUUUAUUGGUUUUAGCUCUGCACUUGUGGAAGUUGUGUCAGUGUGCUGUUUUUUGAUAUUCACUGAGCUUCUGAAUGUGGCAUUUUUAGCCUGGUUCUGUAAGAUAGAACAUCUUUUUUUGGACAAUGUGAAUCAUACGCGUGGUGGACUGCGGCCACGCUGCAAUACGGUGUUCAAGUCGACCCCCCCUGUCCGAUGAACACGUGACCUUAAACCACGUGUUGAUCCACGACGGCUUUGCGUUUUGACCACCCCUCGACCCCGACGUGUCCCCGUAAUCUGGCCCCAGAAGGGGUUCUUCGCGGUACACUGCGAUGUCAGAAACUCUGAUCACGGGUCACACGUCGGAGGAUCUUUUGGCCGAUUUUGAGACGCUACUGAACUCGGGAAGCAUCGACCUCCACGGAGACCACCAGAUUGUCAUCAUCUCAAGCCCCGGUAAUGUGGGUCUCCACCCGUCCGCGGCCCCCACCAGCACCGGGGAGAUUCUGCUGUUUGCCACCCCACAGGGGCCUGCCGACGUGGGCGUGCAGGACAAGAGACGGCCGACGCUCGGAAGACCUCCGGUGAAGAGGAAGCUUGAUCUGGACAGCGACCACCAGUAUGUCAGCACUACGCGGACCUCGCUUGGCAAAGCUCCGCCCUCAACGCCGGCCCCUCCCAGAGUCCCUCGCUCGGUGGUGGAGAAGUCGCGCUACGACACGUCCCUGAACCUGACCACCAAGCGCUUCCUGGACCUGCUGGCCCAGUCCCAGGACGGCGUGGUGGACCUCAACUGGGCCUCGCAGGUGCUGGACGUCCAGAAGAGACGCAUCUACGACAUCACCAACGUGCUGGAGGGCAUCCACCUCAUCUCCAAGAAGUCCAAGAACAACAUCCAGUGGCUUGGUAACCGUAUCGACGGGGCGUCGGUGGCCCGUCAGAAGGAACUCCAGAGGGAGGUGCGCCACCUGGUGGAGGCGGAGGAGGAGCUGGACCAGUUGGUCUCCAGGAGCAACCUGCAGCUGAAGCUCCUGACGGAGGAGCCGCUCAACCAGAGGCUGGGCUACGUCCGCUGUCAGGACCUGCGGCGGUCCUUCGACAGCCCGGACCAGCUGGUCAUGGUGGUCCGGGCGCCGCCGGAGACCCAGAUGCAGGUCUCGGAGCCCAGCGAGGGUUACCAGGUGUCCCUGAAGAGCUCUCUGGGGCCCAUCGACGUGUUCCUGUGUCCGGACAGCAGCUCCGGCCCCUGCAGCCCCGCGGGAGGAAGUAGUCCUGUCAAGGCGGAGGCGGACCCCGCCCUGGGCCCGCCCCCCAUGCUGCCCGUCGUCCAAUCGCCCCAGAGGAGCCUCGCGUCCGCCCAGGAAGUGAGGUCAUCGUCGCCGGACUCGAUGUCGUCCACCGUGACGGCCGCGUCGCAGCAGGACUCCGCCUCCGUCGUGUUGCCGGGGGGAACGGAGCCCUUCCUGGCGGGCGACCCGUUCUCCGGUCUGGGCGACAUGUCCGACUUCAACUUCUCCCCGCUGUCGUCGCCCCACUUCCUGGAGGGCGACAACCUCGCGCUGCCAUUGGACGGCUUCAUCAACCUGUCCCCGCCCCACAGUCACGACUACCACUUCGGAUUGGAGGACCACGAGGGCAUCAGCGAGCUGUUCAACUGCAGCUUUGGGGACCUCACGCAGGACCUGGGGGACAGUUGAGACUGGGAGGGGGAUGUCGAAGAUUCUGUGAUCUCUGGAAGAUUCUGUGUUCUCUGGAAGAUUCCGGGUUCUCUGGAAGAUUCCGGGUUCUCUGGAAGAUUCCGGGUUCUCUGGAAGAUUCCGGGUUCUCUGGAAGAUUCCAUGUUCUCUGGAAGAUUCCAUGUUCUCUGGAAGAUUCCCUGUAUUCAGAAAGAUUCCGGGUUCUCGGGAAGAUUCUGCGUUCUCUAGAGGAUUCCGGGUUCUCUGGAAGUGUGAACGAUUCCCCGGAAGUGUAAAGGGAAGACUGGAAAGUAACCACCCCCCCCCCCCCCCCACACACACACACACACACACAACGUCCAAAUAGUACAGUAACGUGCUAGCACUUUUCCAGCAUCUUUAGCUAGUUUUAGCUACUUAAUUUAUUACCGAAGUGAAUUCCAACUGCGUUGUACCGAGCGUGGUUAAGCCGUGUGUGUGUGUGUGUGUGUACGUACGUGUGUGUGUGUGUACACGUGUGUAUUGGUGAGGUUCAUGGCUUUGGUGAUGAAAUGAUUUCCUGGACAUGGUUGCCUCAUGAGAGGACAGGAGAGCCCUUCUUGCGCCGAGUUUGUCAAGCGCUUCAACCAGGUCCUGAAGUCCUACCUAAUCUCCACCCAAACCCCUCUUCUAUGAACUAUUCAGAAGAGGCUGGGGUCGGGGUUUGGGCUGAGACCCGCGUGAUGGGAGACGAGAGAUGAUCUGUGCUGGAUCCUCAACCAGGAUGUUCUGAACGACAAUGGGGCGGGGCCUAGUCUCAGGUACAGGAUGUGGGAGGAGCCGGGAGGGAUGGUUGCCAGGCUGAGACGAUGUCUCCGACCGUGAUGGACCUGAUCAGCGCCAUGGCGGAAGAAGAGAAGAACUCUUCUUGUUCAGCCCUGCAGGCUGUGGUUUUAGAGUUCUCAGCCCCUGAGGAUUCUGGGUAAUGUAGUUCACAUCCUCUUGGUGGGUCUGCCACAGGCACUGGUCCAUAUAUGCACUUCUAAUCAUAAGCUCAGUGUUGAAGCCUUAAGUCUCUCUUUUCACCAACCGCCGUGUGUGUGUGUGUGUGUGUGUGUCCAUUUUGUAGAAACAAAUAGUUAUAUUGAAAUAUCAGCAAUAAAUGAGACGGAAAGGUGUGGUUCAUGUAAUAAUGUGUGUUAAGUGGUGAGGGGUUUGAAAUGACGUGCUUACGAUAAUGGUGAUUUCCCUCCGUAGUGUAAUUAUGUUUGUGAGGUUGGCCCAGUUGGAGGUAUUUAAUGUAUGCGUGGACACAUUUUUGGACUAAUGUAUUGUAAUGUUGACGGAGGUGCAAAACGGAAAAGGAGCUAAACUAGAUAAUAACCGUACUAGUUGUAGACUGGCAAUAUGCAAAUAUUGAUCAUGAAGACGUGGGUGUGCAAAGUCCUGUUAAUUUGAUUUGUAGUUGAGCCUUUCUCCUCUUCUCUCAGCUUGCUUUUGUACUUGUCAUUUUGAUGUAUAUUUUCUUUAUUAUACUUUAUUUAAAAUAUAUAUAUUUUGUGCUAGGCCGGUGUCCAUAUGCAACCUCUUUUUAAAAUGAGAUUUUUUUUUCUUUUACUAAAAGGAAAAGUAAUGCCCAUUAACGAAUUGAAGCCUUUAACUCUGCUGUUAACGUUUGAAAUGAUGACUUCGGGAACAUUUGAAACCGGAUUCAAACUGUCAUCGUUUUUACGUCAUCAUUUCACAACGCACAGCUAUUUCGGAUGAAUCAUCGUCGGUUCAAAGGGUUUGCACUAAUUAUACAUGUAAUUUGAUGGGUGCAUACUCUACAAUCUGGAACAACCCCUCUUUUAAAACCCAAUGCAAAUAUUACUUACGUCGUUAAGUAUUUCAUAUGCACCUCCUUCUGUAACCCUCAUCUAACAGACGUGGAGCCGUCUUUCUGGACGGCUCAGUGGGAUUUUCAAUGGCAGCUCAUGUCAUUAUUCUCUUGCCUUUCUAGAUUUAGUUUCUUUGCCAUUGUAUCACAGCAGGUGCACCACAUCGGAGUUCAUGUCGUACCCGCAGGGCAAACCCAGUGCCUUUUUAAUAGAGAUGAGUUUUAUUACGGUGCCAGGCUGGUUUUAUGGGGGUGACAUAAUCAGGUGUUUAUUUAGCGUCAGUAGUUUUCCCUGUUGCUCGAUUUCCUGCGUUUAAUCAGGCGUUUCCCGCGAGAACGUGCGUUCUUGUGCGGUUGCACGUUUCACCUGUUUGAGUUUGUCUUCGGGUUAAUUGAUUCUUUGUCAGUUUCUUUUCAUUUUAUAUUCUCUCAUUUUGGUGACAUAUAGCCUACUGGGAAUUAACAAAUGAUUUAUAAUUGAAAAGUAAAUGCAGAUUGUGAGUCAGUGUGUGUGUGUGUGUGUGUGUGUGUUUGUGCGCGUGUGUGUGCUUUUUCAAUGAAUUAAAAUAAAAACUAUUUUCUUUCUGA